CAAACCUGCAUCCAUCAUGUCGCAGCAUCCUGACUUUGAGGAGCUUCAUGUACUCCCACCCCCACCCGGCGUCCAUAUUCCCACCCGGGAGGAGCUGACUUGCCUCUGUACCGAAGAUGUGAUGGGCUUCUCGAAGCACGUUGCCUAUCCCCCGCACGCACCCCAACUCUGGAUCAAGUACGGCUGUUCAGUAGUGCAGAACGAGGUUCCUGCGCAGAUGAUGGCGUACUAUGGCCUCCAACAGCUACAGUCGUAUGUCCGGAUUCCGAAAGUCUACUACACCUGCCGUUAUAUGAAUGUGUCUUAUAUUGUUAUAGAGUACAUCCCCGGUAAGACAAUGGGCCAAUUGCUGAAGGAACGCCCCACUCAGAAGCAGGAUAUUUGCAACCUGGUUGCCUUUGGUCUCCAGGAGCUCCUGCGCAUCCCUGUACCCCCAGCUGCCCGCCCGGCUGCAAUUAAUGGAGGGAGGAUUUGGCAUUGUCUUUUCGAUGAUCAUCAGGCUCCAAUGGAAUACCGAAAUGUCUCUGAGCUAGAGACGCAUCUAAAUGAGUGGAUCCGUAUCACUAAACAGCCGACACCGGCCAAAAACCUCGCCUCUGAGCCUAUGGUCUUCUGUUAUGGCGAUGUAUGGCCUGAAAAUUUCAUCCUCGACCUGGACCAACGUCUUGUUACCAUCAUCGACUUCGCCGUCUCCAGCAUCCUCCCAUCCAGCUUUGCGAAGUAUGCCCUCCGGUCAGGUGGAAACAAGAUUGACGUGAGGUUGGACGAGCUGGUGAAGGUUCCCACUACCGACGGGGUUGAUAAUUUUGAUGCGCUGUGUAGUGCUGCCGCCUGUAUGGUCCAAGGACCGAGCUCAUUCGCGAUAUGUGGUCGGCGAAUUCUCGGUAGACCGACAGUACGGAGUCUUGCCCAGUAAGGGAGUUUAAACUAUCACACGUAGUAAGGGCAAAUUCUAGGCGAAACUUGAACCAAGUGUUUAUAACAUGUAUUCUAAAAGAUACAUAAAUGUUAGGGAUUCUGCUUUGAUCACCAACUCCGUUCAAAUGCUGCUAUUCCAUUCUCCCGAAACACCAGAGCUCCUGAGUUGAACAGCGGGGGUCGGAGGGUUUGCACUUUGUACUUGCAGAAGACCGUGAAAGGGAAGAUGCGUGUUUGGUUCCGUCGGAUAAUGUAUAGGUGCUUGCAAUAAAACUUGC